AUGGUCGCCAUGGCGGCUGGGUCUCGGCUUAUCUGUUUGAACAAUGUCCCAAUGGAAAUCGAGCUGACAAAGGAGCCUUUGCGAGUUGGGCGUUCUGUGCAGCCUUUGCCUGUCUGGCAGCAGCUCAUUCCAGAUGAAGCAACAAGGAACACCAUAUCUCGCAUUCACUUCGAGGUGGUGCGGCAGGGUGGUGCCUUCUUGCUGCGGAACCUGAGUGCGCAAGGCACACUCGUAAAUGGAUCUACUGUGGAGGAGGUGAUCCUGAAGAAUGGAGAUAUUAUCAGCAUGGGGCAGGUGGGGUCCGAGUAUGGCAACAGGCCAGCCCUGCAGUUCAAGGUGCAUCUCUGCGAGGACCUGAUAGCCAAAGCAUCUUUUUCUGUGCGCCUUUGGUGGCUCCUUCCAGGUGCAAAUGGCACCGGACCCACGGUGCUGAACAAACAGCUCUUGGCUGGGCCAUCGGGCGCUGUACGUGUAGGCCGAGCCAUGCAGCCCAUCGAAUUUUGGCAGACGCUGGUUCCGGAUGAGAGCUUGAGAAAUGCAAUCUCACGCGAGCAUUUCGAUGUGUGUCCGACAGCUGAUGGCGUCAUGCUCAUCAACCGCAGCAUCGCCGGCACUUUACACAAUGGCGUUCUCGUGCAACACCAGACCCGAGUGAGCAGCGGUGAUGUUCUUGCCAUCCCGUUACACAACCAGCCAACAGAGCCUCCAAUCGUUCAAUUUCGCCUAGAGUGUGCAGCUAUUCCCGAUCCUGACUUCGAAGAUGGGGCACCGCCCCGUCUGCUCGGUGCAAAGGCUGGGAGCGUCGAUGCCGCUCUCUCGCCAAAGGAGAAGGAGGCCGCCGACGUGGUGAAGAUUGCUGUGGAUGCGCUCCCUCCACCUUUCUCUCUCGAAUGUGUGGCUGCAAGGGGCGCUGAAGGGAGAGAUUUGGAGCAACUUCCCACGGCCUCCCGCGUUUUAGCUGCAAGCUUCUCGCAGGUUGAGCUCUCCGUGGGAUCCUCGCAUCAAUCCGGAGAUUUCUGGGAAAUGCUGAUAAGAGAUCCAGCUCUCCGCACCCAGAUACUGCCGCUGCAUUUCCGACUUGAAAUGGCUCAGCUUAGCGAUGGGCCCAUGCUGAUACUCGAUGCGCAUGCUGCGACUGAGCUCAACGGCAAACUCGUAGAAGGCAAGGCGCCGGUUUUGCAAAACGACUUGAUAAGUAUCGCUGGCACUACCAACAGCUUGACAGACGAUGUCCCUUUGGUGUGCUUCCGCAUCUUUGGUCGCAUCGAGCGGGUGUCCAAAGAUGCCUUGGCAAUCGGCUCUCAGCCCGGUGUACAGCCCAUGCUCGAAGCCGGAGGUUCGCUUCGUACACGAGUAGUGGUUUGCGGCUCAUUGCUGCUGGUUGGGGGAGCGCUGCUGCUGUCCGAGGCAUCCAUCGGCGCGCGGUCAAAAACUUGGGCCGGCGUCAUCCUGGAGCGCACGUCUCGGUUCUAUGGAAGCCCCUCGCAGCUGGCAGCUGCAUCGCUGAAUCUGCAGGAAGGCACGCCUGAUGCUUCGGAUUCGCCUGCCAGAGCUCCCGUCGCUUCACCUCUACCACCACCUUUGCCAGUGCCCACGCCGUCGUUGCUGCCGGCACCAGCGCCGGAAGCUACAUCAUCAGCACCGGCAGCAGCGCCGCCGAGCGGUGCUUUGAAGUCUUGCCUCGCAUUCGUGCAUAUUCCUAAGGCAGCAGGAUCGAACGUUGAGGGUGUCAUAGCACGGGCUUUUGGUUAUAACCAGGUCGUUGAGAAUCCAGGUGAUUGCAUCUCGAUGCGAAAAAUCGAGAACGUAGUCCGCUUUUGGGGCAUGUGCGACGACAGGCUACAGUGUGAAACCAAGAAGCACUGCGGCUGGUCUGGUGCCGACUGCUGCUAUGUAAACAAAUCCUUCGUGCCGCCCCCUACGCCCAACAAGGGUGUGGAUCGGUGCAGCUUUUGGCACUUUCCUCCCGCCUGGGAUGCGCAGCUCGCGAAAGCAUACAGUGAAGACUGCGACUCGUUCUGCGUAGUUCGAGAACCUCUAAGUCGCUUUUUGAGCCAUUGGAGGUGGAGGCACUUCAGCAAGCCGUCGGACUGCUCACCUGAAGUACUGGAGAAGUACACACAGGAGAAACUCGGCCAAGCCCGGGAAGAUGCCUUGCUGGAGGAUUGCCAUUUCACGCCGCAGGUAUACUACGCCUUCCAGAACGGCGAUCACAGAGCUUCUCGGAUAUGUCGGCACAUAAUCAAGCUGGAGCAUCUGGAUGCAGAGUUCGCUCCAUUGAUGGCGCAGUACAACCUUGAGAAGGUGCACCUCGGAAAAGGAAAGUCUCGCUCCAGCAAGAAGUGCGACAUAGUCCCCACGGACGCGACCCUUAAGCUGAUCAAGGAGGGUGCAGGGAGUGCUUUCGUCCUGGGCGCGGUUUUGCAGGUUCCUGACCAUAGCAUCGGCAUCGCAAGUCCUGUCGCUGGUCAUUUGCCGUAUCACCUCGCAGCACAAGUCGCGUGCAGAACUCCGAGGCCCAUCUUCUCACUGCGACGUAAAUGCAAAAGCGAAAUCAAGUCCACAAUAACAGCCCGAAGUGAAACUAUGGUUAUAUUUGCAGUGGGAAUGUCCGAGCGUGUUGGCGAAGUGUGGAGGAUAUAG